GUGUUAUAAUAAUUGAUCUUAGGUAAUUUUUAAUAUACAACAACUAUUGGCAAGACUCCCUUAUUCCCGUGUAAUUCUAAUACAUUGAGACUCAUAUGCUACUACCUACUACUAAUACAGAUUAGAAAAAAAAAUACAGGUAUUUAGAAGACAAUUCAGAGUCAACGGCCUUUUUUCGUGACACGUGAGAUACGUAGUCGUUGUUGAAUAAAACUCGAUCGAUUAUUUUCAAACUGGACGUUUUAUUGACGCAUAUUCUUGUUUAACAAUUACACGACGCCCAAUGAUUAAUGUGUUUUCUAUUAUAUCAAUUGAGGCGAGUGCGCAUGCGAAGAAUUGCAUUAUUAGAAGAACUAUAACUGAGAACGGACAGUUUCAUUAGCGGAAACAAGGCGACAGUUGCGUUUACAAAAAACUAUGACUCCUGUGCGUGAAAAAUAAAGUCGUGUCGAACCUUAAGAAAUGUCGUGCGCGUCUGCAAAUACCGAUCAAAAUGUGAGAAAUCUAAAUAGUAGCAAAGUUUUGAAGUUGGAUAUUAGCUUCUCCAAAACAGAGAGUGGUCUCAAUAAUAAAUGGAAAGAUGGUUUUAAAAAACUUGGCACAAAUUUACCAACCAUUUCAGAACUAAAACAAUAUACGGCUAUUUUUAUAUGUGGUUUGUCACUAUGGGGCACAUCAUGGUUCCUCUUGAAGAAUUUAAUACUGCCUGGAGGUUUUGUUUUCAACAUAACUCUCCUGAUAAUAAUGGGAUACAUCUUCGGUCACACUUUGGAAAGAUACACAACAAUAAGCCCAGUUGUCGGAAUGACUUUAAUAGGAGCUUUAUGUAGAACCCUCGUCCCGGUAAACUUCCUGGAAAAUCCAAAUGCAGACGCGAUAGAUUUUCAUCUUAGACGAAUCUAUCCUGUUAUAAUUCUGACAAAGGGCCCACUCACGUGGAAUUGGGAAUAUAUAAAAAGCAAUUCCGUGAAAGUUUUCUCAUUGGCGACCCUUCCCUGGAUCGUCGAGUGUUUGUCGACGGCCUUCUUUACUCACGUCCUCCUAGGAUUCCCUUGGUACUGGGGUCUUCAUCUCGGUGCCAUAUUAGCUUCAGUUUCACCAGCAGUUGUUGUGCCUACAACCAAUGCGCUUAGUGCUAGAGGACUCGGCCUAAAGAAUCAAAUAGCCCUGCUAGUUGCAAACGCUGGUGGAUUAGACACAGCUUUUACUGAAGGCAUGUUCGGGGUCAUCAACAGUGCAGUAUUCUACCAAUCGGCUCCCGUUUAUAGGAUAGUCAAGGCUUUACUCGCAAUAUUCGUCGGUAUCGGCUUAGGAGUGACAUGGGGAGUGUUGGCUGAUAUAUUGCCGGACCACAAUGAUUUGUACGCUCCAACAAUACGAAGUCUCCAUAUUUUCUCUGGGGGCGUUUUAAUCAUGUAUGCCGCUGGUUACUUCGGAUGGGGUGGCGUUUCUGGUGUAGCUGUGAUGGUAUGCGCAUUCGCAGCAGGAACGCGGUGGGCACGACGUGACUGGCCAAUCAACAAUAACCCUGUUGCCCAGGUGUUUAAUCUUCUGUGGAGGAUCUUUGAACCCAUGCUUUUCACGCUUAGUGGGUAUUUCUUGGAGGUAACAGAAAUAACCGCGAGGGAUUUCGGGCUGAUUUUAGCUUGCAUAUUUUCUGCGCUUCUGAUUCGAAUGCUAACGGCUUUCUUAGUCGCCCUGGCUACUGACCUAUCUAUAAAAGAGAGUAUCUUCGUUGCUAUUACUUGGAUACCGAAGGCUAUAGUUGAGGCGGUACUGGUAAGAGUAGCCACGGACUCUUUAUGGGCAGAAGGUUCCACAGCACAGGAUAAGUGGAUAGCCAAACAGCACUCAAAUAUCAUCGUUAUAGCUAUACUGACAACAUCUACUUUGGGUUCAGUGCUGACAACAACAUUGGGGCCCAUUCUUCUUUCUCGCGACACAAGGAUCUCACCAGAAGAACUCAACCGGCCGCAGUCGCCACAAUCCUCGGACAUCGUCAGAACAAACAAUACUCUUGACUCUUUCCAAUAUAUAGACGCAUCUGUGUAUAUAAGGAAAUGCAAGAUAAUAAACGGGCCUCGGCAGUUAUCGAUAAAGGUGUCUAUCUCGUACACCGGGAGGAAGCGAAAACGUGAAUCCAUACAGAGCACGCCAACAGUCAGUCUAAAUAAACUUACAAAAGAAGAUGAAAUUGUCAAGAAAUCAUCGUGGUACACUUCGAGCGUUCCAACUUUUGCGCAUUACGUGACAUUAGUUUUAUUAGGAUCCCUGACAUGGGGCAUCUUGUGGUGUGCAUGGGGCAACAACUGGGCGUGGGAUGGACAGUGGUUUCGCUUAGCAAUAGUAGCAGUCAUGGCCUGGACAAGCGGGCUCAUCCUACAAGAGUUGACCACACUGCCACCAGCACUCGCCGCUUUACUCACGGGCAUGCUUGCCCGCCAUCUUGGAUUUAUAGACAUGCGAGUUUAUCCGCAUAUUGAUGCAUUUUUAAGGAAAAUAUACCCAGUAAUAAUCCUGGGGAAAGGAUCAUUGUCUUGGGACGUUAACUAUAUGAGAGAAAACUGGUACCAGGUGCUUGCUUUAGGAGCGCUUCCAUGGACUACUGAAGUAGUUCUUGUCGCAGUGUGCACGCAUUUCCUUCUAGGAUUUCCUUGGCUUUGGGGUUUUCUACUGGGCUCCGUUUACGCAUCUGUAUCAUGUCCGGUGGUGAUGCCGUCAGUCGUGAAGCAUGGCAAGAAUGCCGGCGGGGAAGUUAACUGGCCGCAGUUAAUAUGCACGGCGGGGGGUAUAGACACCGGCCUCAGCGUCGGCGUGUUUGGCGUUAUUUUCACAUUCAUGUUUUAUGAAACUCAUGACAGCUAUCGUUACAUCAAAGCAGCAUUGGGACUAAUCGUUGGCGUAGCACUUGGCAUCGCGUGGGGCACCUUGGCAAAGUUUGUGCCGAAUUCAAAGGACUUCUUUGUGACAGAACUGAGAGUUUUAUUCGUUCUCGCCGGAGGACUUUUCGCAAACUUUUUCACCUCCUCCAUCGGAUGGGGCGGCACUGGUGUGGUGGCAGUGCUAGCUUGUAAUGCGACGGCGGCGACACACUGGAGUAAGAAAGGGUGGAAACUGAACCAGAAUCCGGCCGCAACGGUGUAUCGAGUUUUGUGGUCAACCUGCGAGCCGGUGCUGUUUGCCUUUACGGGUACUUUCUUUGUGUUGCAUAGUUCGAUAUCCGAGACGAUGCUAAUUGGAUUGGGCAUUCUGUUACUUUGUGUAACUGUAAGACUGAUGAUAACUGCGCUGGCGUGCUGGAAACUCACUUUGAAAGAGAAGAUCUUCGUGUGCUGUACUUGGAUACCAAAGACAGUUGUUGAGGCCGUUUUAUGUCCGCUGGCAAUUGACACCAUAUUAAUGACGGGCACGCGAAAAGAAGAAUUAGUUUACGCUGAGGAACUUAUGAGAAUAAUAGUGCAAGCCAUACUCGUUAGCACACCUAUUGGUUUCCUACUAACCAACAACUUGGGGCCUAUGUUGCUGAGUAAAUCGCAACCAGAAUGUGAAAGCAAAACCGAAUCAACAAAAAGAAAAUCAAAUGGAUCUGUUAGCGAAGACAGCAGGUUAUGAGCUUGGAAAUAUUGGAAGAACAAACAAACACAGCUGUUUUUUUUUUAAUAUUUAAGAAUGUUACAAAUGCAAACGUAUUAGUUAAUCUUAGUCAACUUAUGCCAAACAUAAUUUUAGUUUGAAUUGUAUUAAAGUUUCUAGUUAAUAACAUAAUAAAAUAACAAAAUAUAGCUAAUAAUGUGUACUAUGUAGAAUUUUUUUUUAUGAAAAAUUUUGAUUUUUAUGCGUGUAUAAUACAAGUUUCUUUUGUGUCUGUGGGUGCGUGAGGCACUCUUAAAUGUGUACGCUAGGAUGUAUUUGUGUAAUCUAUUUUUGAAUCAUACAUCAUAGACGGUCGAUUGGCGCAUUGGGCAGCGACCCUGCUCACUAAGUCCAAGAAGUUAAAUUUCGCAUAUGACCAGAAAUUUUACCAGAAACCGUCAAACAUAAGACUUUUGUUGAAUUUAAUACCAACGAAAUGACGAUGACGACUUCCCUGGCGCAACGGUAAGCGGGGUGAAUUCAAGAAGGAGGUCCCAGGUUCGAUUCCCGGGAAGGCAAUUUGG